CCAAGUUUCAUCUCCUCCUCUUCUCCGCCGUCCCACGACCGCCGAUUCCUGAAACCGAUACGCGAAAACCGCACAGAAAGAGUAACAACGGUGAGGGUAGACUGAGAAAAAUGGUUUCGGACUCGGAGCUAAUUGCCAGGCUUCGUGAGUUUCUCCGGGAAUCGGACCUGAACACGACCACCACCGCUAUCGUACGGCGCAAAUUGGAGGAGGAUUUCGGAGUCGAUUUGUCGGAGAAGAAGAAGUUUAUCAGAGAGCAAGUUGAUUUAUAUCUUCAAACUCAGGUCGAGAAUGCUGAAGAGGAAGAACAAGAAGAGGAGGAGGAGGAGGAGGAUGGUGACCAGAUUGAGAAGGUAAAAUCAGAGGAAUCCGGUGGCUCUGAUGCGACGUAUAACGGUGUCGAUGCUGGUGACAAUGAAGGGACGAAUAAAGGGAAGCGUUCCUCAAAAAAACGGUCAAAAGAGCGGAAUCAUGAAGUCAAGAGAAAGGCAGGUGGUUUUUGCAAGUUAUCUAGUCUCUCUCCACAACUUCAGGAUUUGUUAGGAGUGCCAGCACUGGCUAGGACAGAGGUGGUCAAGCAGAUAUGGGCUUAUAUUAGAGAGAAGAAUUUGCAAGAUCCAGCCAACAAGAAAACCAUAAUUUGUGACGAACCAUUGCGCGCUCUUUUUGGUGUUCAAUCCAUUGAUAUGUUUCAGAUGAAUAAGGCCCUAUCAAAGCAUAUCUGGCCCCUGGAUUCAGAUGAUGUUGGUCCAGUCAAGUCAACAGAGAAGGAAAGGCAACAUAAGCAAGAGAGAGAAGAAGAUUCAGAAUCCUGCUUCUCUACUUCAUCUCAUCUUCAUAUCAAGGACUUUCUGGUUCUGUAUGUGCACACACUCAGAGGGUAUUCAGAUGAACCAAAGAGAAAGGAAAAGCGACAGAAGGGAGAAAGUACUGAGAAAGGAAAAUCAGGUUUUCUUGCUCCUCUUCAACUUUCAGAUGCUUUAGUGAAGUUCCUUGGUACUGGAGAGAGUGCAUUGUCACGGGCAAAUGUUAUAAAGAGAAUGUGGGAUUACAUAAAAGAAAACAACCUCCAGGAUCCAUCCGACAAGAGGAGAGUGAUAUGCGAUGAAAAGCUGAAGGAACUCUUUGAUGUUGACUCUUUCAACGGCUUCACCGUUUCAAAACUCUUGGCCAUCCAUUUUGUCAAGAGCUGAUGGGUGAGUGGGUCCUAUUCUGUCCUCAUUAAGCUCAAAGGAAAUGAGGCGUACAAUUUAAGUCUUUUGGCCCCCACAACCUUUUGUUCUAUAUUUUUCUCAACUUUCCUCUUCUUUUAUGUAUCUCUUGACAGUUCAAGUAGAAAAAAAAAUCUGAGAUUCAAUUAAUUGUUUCCGUUCAAGAAACCUUUAUUUAAGAGCAUUGUGAACUUGAUCGUUCUGUCUAGGGAAUCAUCUUUCCUGAGAAAAUUGUCACUUUACUGUUGUGGAUGAUUCAUACAUUGUUGACAACGGGAAAUAAUAUCAAAUAAUUCGG